UUCCCACUGAGUAGGCUACAGACGAUGGAGAAGUACGAAAAAAUAAAAGUAGUUGGAAGAGGCGCAUUCGGUAUAGUGCACCUUUGUCGGCGUCGCAUCGAUGGGGCCUUGGUAAUCCUGAAAGAGAUUCCGGUGGAGCAGAUGACGCGGGACGAACGUCUGGCAGCCCAGAACGAGUGCCAAGUUCUCAAAUUACUCAACCACCCUAACAUAAUUGAGUAUUAUGAGAAUUUUCUCGAAGACAAAGCACUCAUGAUAGCAAUGGAGUAUGCGCCAGGUGGCACGCUAGCUGAUUACAUCCAGAAACGCGGCAACUCCCUGCUGGAUGAAGACACCAUCCUACACUUCUUUGUGCAGAUCCUGCUGGCUCUGUAUCACGUGCACAACAAGCUCAUUCUACACAGGGACCUGAAGACCCAAAACAUCCUGCUGGACAAACACCAGAUGAUUGUCAAAAUCGGGGACUUCGGGAUCUCCAAAAUCCUUGUCAGCAAGAGCAAGGCUUAUACUGUAGUGGGCACGCCAUGCUAUAUCUCUCCAGAGCUGUGUGAGGGCAAGCCUUAUAACCAAAAGAGUGACAUCUGGGCCCUGGGCUGUGUGCUUUAUGAACUGGCCAGCUUGAAGAGAGCUUUUGAAGCAGCAAACCUGCCUGCCCUGGUCCUGAAGAUCAUGAGCGGAACCUUUGCGCCAAUAUCGGACCGCUACAGCCCCGAACUGCGGCAGCUCAUCCUCAACAUGUUGAACCUGGACCCGUCCAAGCGGCCGCAGCUCAACGAGAUCAUGGCCCACCCCAUCUGCAUCCGCCCCCUGCUUAACCUCCACACCGACGUGGGCAACGUGAAGAUGCGCAGGAUUGAGAAGCCUCUGUCUACCCUCGCACCGGGCGCUCAUGGCAGACCAGGGGGGCGUAUGGCCGGAACCAGGACGCGUGAUGGCCUGAUGGGCCUUGGCCCCAGUAAGAUGAUGCACUCUCUUCCCCAGUCGUCCGUGUACACCUGGGGCAGUGGUAUUCCCUCCCCACUGCGGCUCCCCAUGCUCAACACGGAGGUCCUGGAGGUGUCCCUGGCCCGCACCCAGAAGAUGGGGGUCACCAAGUCAGGCCGUCUGCUUACCUGGGAGGCCCCGUCUCUGGGGUUAGAUGACCCCUGCCUGCCUGGUGCUGUGGACCACAUGCAGCCCAUGUUCAUCUCCCGCUUCCUGGAGGGACAGUCUGGGGUCACCAUCAACUCCGUGUCCUGUGGAGACCUCUUCACCGCCUGUCUGACCGACCGAGGCAUCAUCAUGACAUUUGGCAGUGGCAGCAACGGAUGCCUGGGGCACGGUAGUUUUAACGACGUGACGCAGCCUAAGAUCGUGGAGGCCCUGCUGGGCUACGAGCUGGUGCAGGUCUCCUGCGGCGGCUCUCACAUCCUGGCCGUGACCAACGAGGGAGAGGUCUUCUCCUGGGGCCGUGGUGAUAACGGCCGCCUGGGGCUGGGCACCCAGGACUCCCACAACACCCCGCAGCAGGUGAGCGUGCCGGCCGACUUCGAGGCCCAGAACGUGCUCUGUGGGGUGGACUGCUCCAUGAUCAUCAGCACGCAGCAGCAGAUCCUCGCCUGCGGGAGCAACAGGUUCAACAAGCUUGGGCUGGACCGAAUAGUUGGAGCAGAGGAGCCUGUGCCCCCGGAUCAGGUGGAAGAGGUCCAAGCAUUCCGUCCCAUCCAAUCAGCUCCACUGAAUGUGGAGAAGAUUGUUUACAUUGACAUAGGAACGUCCCAUUCUGCUGCGGUCACAGAGAAGGGCCAGUGCUUGACCUUUGGCAGUAACCAGCACGGCCAGCUGGGCUGCAACUCUCGGCGUACCAGCAGAGUGCCGUACGUGGUGGCCAAGCUUCAGGGCAUCACCAGGGCAGCCUGCGGAGACGCCUUCACCCUGGCCAUCGGAGCUGAUGGGGAGGUCUACACCUGGGGGAAGGGAGCUCGCGGUCGCCUGGGCAGGAAAGAGGAGGAUUCUGGGAUACCAAAGGCGGUUCAGCUUGACGAGACCCAUCCAUUCACCGUCACCUCGGUGGCUUGUUGUCAUGGCAACACCCUCCUGGCGGUGAAACCUCUGUUUGAAGAGUCGGUACCAAAGUGACCCCUGUGAUGACGACGACGAAUCAAAAGCAGAGAGGACAAAUGCAGAGUGAAAGACAAACGGACACAUAGAAUCAUGCUGUGUCUGUUUUGGAAAACACGUCAUUGGUGUGUGUGUUAAGCCAUGGGCCUGAUCACGUUAGGUUUAAUGGUAUCAGACAUUUUCAGGGACAGUAUUGCACUACACGACUAGAGGGCUAGUUGUGUUUGGUUCACAAGGCCAAUGUAAAUACAGGUUUCAAGCUUCGCGUAAUGGAAGCGUGAUAGGUAAAUAAUGGCUUUUGUCGAAGAGGAAUUGGGUGAUUUUCUCUCAAACAAGGUUGCCAUUUUAGGCUCCCCUCCCAGGAAGAGGAACUGGCUGGACAGGUGUAAGCAUGGCAGUAAGGGAGUUAGGGAGGGGAGCCGUGUUCCUAGCAGACUUUAACUGCCUUUCAUAUGUAAAUUUGCAAGCACGGAUAUUUACAUUAAUACUAAUGCAGUGUUUUAUACUUCAGGUGACCUGACAAUUGUGCCAUUCUGUUGGGAAAUCCACAUUUGAGUGCACACAUUUUUGAAUGUCAUACUAACUGAACUAAUAUGUGAAUGCUAUGUAAGUGCCAACAGUAUUAUCAUGUAAAGGGACUUUAUUGUAACAUCAUCUGUUUCAUACCAAAGAAGCAUUGCCUUAUCAACUAUGAACAUUUAAAUACAUUAUUUAUGAUGAUUUUUUUUUUUUAUUCGUCAGGUGAGUCACUUCUCUCUAUGGAUUAGAUAAUUCAUGUCAGUUACCAGGUACAGAUUUGUUUAUGACAUAGUUUAAUUCAGUAAAAUAUUAAAAAUGGAGAACAUUGUG